GCCAAAAUGGCGGAGCUUGGUAAAAACGAGAGACGCGUCCUGAAGGUUGCAAUUGUCCGGAUUUGAGUGAAAUACGGUCCCGCCGGGGUCGAAAGUGAGUCUCAAGUGUGCCGGAAGUUGUGUAUAAUCAAGUGCGGGUGAAAUUCGGAACCGGAACUGACCUGCAGGCUCGUAUUGUCUUCCAGCGAGUUCCUGGUCAUUCUUCCACGGGGGGGUUUGAACCAUCAUCGUUCAGGCAGUGUGUGCAGGAAGAAAAGAAAGAUAAGCGCGAAGGGUGUGAAAGAAGAAGAGUUGCACAUUGUGUCAGAGGUGGAUGGUCUUUCAGCCCCAAAAAAUAACCCGAAAUCAAACAGGCCCGCUUUUCCCACAGUUCUGAUAAAUUGUGAUUUAACUUCGGAGCGCUUGAGUUUACCUUUUGGUGGUGGUUCAAUGGAUUCUGUAGAUACUUCGAUUUCUUAGCCGGAAGAAUUUGGUGACGAUUUCGAUUGGUUGAUAGCGUAAGAAAAAAAGCUCUUAAGUGAAAGCGUUCUGAUCCGGUUUUAGACAACGCCGUUUGGUGGAUGGAAACUGAUGCCCCCCUUUUUGAUAUCAAUUACUGGUCUUGUGGGAGAGAUGCACAGUUACAAUACCUCUGACUAGCGCAAAGUGUAGAAGAAAGUGGUAGCAAAGAGAGGAAAAAGUAAAGCAAAUUGCCCACACAGAGACGCAAAUGGCAGAAGCAAAAGUGUAAAAGCUCAAGCUGCCGUCUUCGAUCGAAUCGAACGGUGUGGAGCAAAGAAAAAACACAAAACACACGCGAAAAUAGAGCGACGAGACACGAUCAGAAUGGAUGAUAAUUAUACACCAUAAUAUUAUCGUCGUUAAAAUCGUGCUCCGUACAGUGGGAGUUUACCGUGAGGCGAAGUGGACAAAAUCGGGCAAGCGUUUUGUCUGCUUUUUUUUUGAUAGUGUUUAUUUUGAUAAAAACAACAACAGCAAAAAUAUCAAACAAAAAAGUGAAUGUAUUUGAAAGGUAUCUAGUAUGCCAGGCUUGUUAUGUGCAGAAUAAAUGCAAGCUAGUAGUGAAACAAAAAGAAGAAGAGAAAUCUUGAAACAAGCUUUGUUUUUUUUAAACACACCAUACUCCUUUUCAACCCUCACCCCUCCCUCAUCUCUUCCCACACAUCGCAUCCUAUAAUCGAAACACAAGUACGGUGUUUUUCGAAUGCGCGUUCGAUAGUUCCGGUAUUUGGGGAUACCGGAAGUGGGACACUGCGAUCGUUGCUGUCGAGUUUUUAUACCUUGUCUGCAACAACAUCGAAAAAUUGUGCAAGGGAUAGUAAGAGGCACGGCAAAUAAUACAACAACAGGUCAACGAAAAACCAGCACAAACAUCAAGUUGAGCCUGCAUUUCUCUUAUUUGAUUUGUGCGAACGGUUUUCGGUACUUCAAGCCGGUUCGUUUCGAGGUGGAUUAAUAAGUUCUCCAGGAAACUAUCGCCAAAAUGACGACUAAUAUGUACCGAGUCGGAGAUUAUGUCUACGUGGAGACAUCGUCGACGACUCCGUUUCAGAUCCGUCGGAUAGACGAGCUGAACAAAACGCCUGCCGGUAACGUCGAAGCGAAGAUGAUGUGCUUCUACCGGAGGCGAGAUCUACCCACACCACUCGUGCAAUUAGCUGAUAAGCAUCAAAUGGCAACGUCCGACGAUUCCCCCGUAGCAAUGAAGCUGAAAAAAAUGUGGCUGAAAACGCCGGUGGGGGAAGAGCAAGCCGCCCAAGCCGUACUAGACCCUGCCCUUGUUGCGCUGGAGGAAGAACGAAACAGCCCGAACAACGCAGGCAGCGGAAACGAUCGAGGCGAACAGCUGAACCCAAAGCAAAGGCACCAGAUCAAGCACCGCGAGUUGUUCCUUUCCCGUCAAGUAGAAACCCUGCCCGCUACCCAAAUCCGAGGCAAAUGCUCGGUAACGUUGCUCAAUGAGGAGGAAUCGUUGCUCAGCUAUCUGAACAAAGACGAUACCUUCUUCUACUGCUUAGUGUUCGACCCAACACAAAAAACUCUGCUGGCAGAUAAGGGCGAAAUUCGCGUGGGCAGUCGAUACCAGACAGAGUUGCAGUCCAUUCUGAAGGAUGGUGAGAAGUACGAACGUACUCUGGAGGAAAUGGAGACCCUCGUGUGGACACCGGAGCACUCGCUAACCGACAAAAAGAUCGAUCAGUUCCUGGUGGUGUCCCGAUCGGUAGGAACCUUUGCCCGCGCACUAGACUGUACUAGUUCAGUGAAGCAACCGUCCUUACACAUGUCGGCCGCGGCCGCUAGUCGUGAUAUUACUUUGUUUCAUGCUAUGGAUACCCUGCACAAGCACAAUUACUCGGUAGAAGAUGCGAUGUGUUCGUUAGUGCCCUCCAGUGGGCCGGUGCUAUGUCGAGACGAAAUGGAAGAGUGGAGUGCGUCUGAGGCAAAUUUAUUUGAGGAUGCCCUAGAAAAAUAUGGAAAAGAUUUUAACGACAUCCGGAAUGACUUUCUACCGUGGAAGACUUUGAAAAGUAUAGUGGAAUACUAUUACAUGUGGAAAACAACCGACCGCUACGUGCAGCAGAAGCGAGUGAAGGCCGUGGAGGCUGAGUCGAAGUUGAAGCAAGUUUACAUUCCUAACUAUACCAAGCCAAGCCCAGCACUGAUAUCCAACAACAAUAAGAAUAUUCUGAACGGUAACUCGAACGGCAGCAGCGGUGUUGAACUUUUCACCGUGAGCAGUGGCAAGCCAUGUGAGUCUUGCUCUACACAAGCAUCACAACAGUGGUAUACUUGGGGUCCUACCCACAUGAGCUGUCGUCUGUGUCAAACUUGUUGGACAUAUUGGAAGCGAUACGGAGGCCUUAAAGUAGCAUCUCGGUUAGCGGAUAGUGGUGAUAUUGAUACAUCGACGACGACUGGAGGAGUAAUUUCGCUGAAGAAACAGCGAGGAGCCGGCGGUGGCAGCGGCGGUACUGGUACCGGGAGCACUGGCAGCGACAUCGACGACGAUUUAACUAUUGUGGCCAGCAGUGGCCCCAUUGGUGCUCUAAGUUCCAGCGGACUGAGUAAUCACAGGCCCCACAGGUAUCCAUCGUUUAAAUGUUCUAUUGUAAAUUGUGGUAAGGAAUUUAAACUAAAAGCUCAUUUGGCACGACAUUACGCCCAAGCGCAUGGAAUUCAAAUCCGUUCUGGUUCUCCACGUCCGAUCAUGAAGACGAGAACGGCUUUUUACCUGCAUACUACGCUAACCACUCGGUUAUCCAGGCGGCUCUGUAGGCAUAUCAUCAAGUUGAAAAAAGCCGCCCGUCAACCUUCUUAUGCAAUUAACACUGCAGCUGUGAAACAAGAAUUCACUGAAGCGGAAGCCGGAAAGAGCAUAGAAGAGGCGCGUCGAUUAGUGGUUUGUAAAAAACGAGAACGUGGAAGUGUGACUAACAUUGCGACAAGACUUGGAAACCCUGGAACAACUGUUGGCGAAUGGCUGAUUCUUACGCCAAAGGAUAAAAUGCCAAAGCCGGAUGUUGUAGCCUUCCCUAAACCACCAAAAGCGCCAGACGGAAGCUUAAUAUACGAACGAAUACCAAACAAACCUGAGGCUGAAAAAAUACUGCUAAAUCCACCGCCGGCGACACCGGCUACAGCAGCGGCAAUACAAACGAUACCAAUCGAAGCUCAAAGUCCCAUUGCAACUAGUAUUGCAGCUGGUCUUCCAGGUUCACUGAGCACCACGGUAUCAGUAGUAGCAGCAACUGGACGAACGACGCCAAGCCUCACAUCUGCUCCUGCCGCUACCAGUAUCACUAGCAACAUCACCAGCAACAUAUCUGGUGCCCAGAAACGAAGGAACUACGAGGAUGCUAAUGGAAUUGAUGGUCCGACAGCUCCACCACCUGCAAAAAGGCCAAACAAAGAUCCUAUGCCAUCGCAUCGACCGACACCGGAACAAUAUGCUGCCAUGAUGGCGGCAGCGCAGGCAGCUGGACAACCUCUCCCCCGACACCAUAUGAACGGUAAACCAAAAAUUGCUCAAAUGGCUCGGACGGGCUCCGGUCGCAAGCAGGUGAUAAGUUGGAUGGACGCUCCCGACGAUGUAUAUUAUCGCUCAAUGGAAUCCAGCAGGAAAAUUCGGCGUAAGAUACCAAUCGUAGAACUGAGGCGUUCGGCCAGAAAACCUUGGAGAAAUCUUCAUCCGAAGCAUGCCGCCAUCAUAGCUACAUUACUACCACCGGUGACGACCGGAGUUUCUGCAGCGGCCGCUGCAGCUGUUGCCGCAGCGGGAAUCUCUCAACAGUCUACCGCCGCACUUCCAUCUCAAUUGACAGCUCAGCUGACGGCGUCCGGACAGCUUUCACACUCAGUCGCAGCCAAUCUUAACUUUAAUCUCAACUCUAAUAUUGCCGCAGCCGCUGCUUUGGCCAGUGUUCACCCGUUAGCAGCUCAGCUGGCGAGCCAUGGAACCGGCAGUGGCAACAUGAACAGCACAAGCACAAACAACAAUGGCAGCACUACUAGCAAUAAUAAAUCCAACAACAGUGAUCUACAGGUUGUAAUCCUAGACUGACCCGAACCUCCGAAACAACUGAAUCAACAGCAACAACAACAGGUGUAUCCACAUUUACAUCAACAGCAGCAACAGCAGCCACUUCAUCCAUACACAAUGGAAGCACUGCUCAAUUGAAUCGUAUUCUACUAACGCAAGAAAACACUUCAACCACACCGAAUAUCAAUUGAAUUGCGUGAAAUAUUUGUGCGCCAAGAAGAAGCAAGUUAGAUUUUAUUUGCGAUUUUAUCUCUAAUCUUAGGACGCGAGGCUGCUGAGCGAUUGAUCGGUACCCUUGGAAAAAAAAUCUAUUUAAACUAACGAUAACUGUAUAAACUACUGAUGACUCUGUGAGACAAGGAAACAAAUUGAAUUAAAAAUUUAGAGACAAGUAAGUGACAACGAAUCGUCCGACACGAGCGAUUCGGCUUAAAAAGAACAUAAAGAAAUGCGCAAGGGUUUUCAGAGAACACCCUGUUUACUUCCGCAACUAAAUCGUAUGCCGCGAAUGGAUGUGCGUUUGUUUGUAUGAUUUUUUGUUUAAAUCUGUGUAAAAUGAAAGAUCAAAAUAGGAUUUCUGCAUACUUUAUCAGGUGGCACGUAUGAUCUGUGUGAGAAGGAAUAUAACUGUAAAUGGAUAAGAGGUAGACACUAAAGUAGAAUUGAUCAUUCUUGAAUUCCUGGCAGAAAAUGUGAGUCUAAUAUUUUCUUUUUUGUAAAAAGUGAAACAAAACAUGCUGCUCUGUUUAAUUUAAGAUAAAAAAAUUUCUUGAAAAUAGAAUUUAAAAAAAAUUAAACAAAAAAAUGUGACGACAGAUUAUUGAUAAUAAAUUAAACUCAAUUCUCUACAAAGCAAAACAAAAUAGAUGAAUAACAAGAUCUUAAUUAAAAAUAACAAGAGUGUGAAGAAAGCAAAUAGCAAACAGCAGUGAUGAAAAGUAACGGGAGGAGUGUCAGUAAUUUUUCCACCUUUGAUAAAAGAAAACCUCUUUCAAAAAAUAUACAAGAAGCAACCAUUGAAAAA